UUCCGCAUAGAUCAGAUUCAAAAAUCCGUUCGCAAAAUGUCCGCGUUACUUAAUGACACCUUGUCACAGGCUCUGGCCGAUCAGUUUACGUUUAAAACCACGGAUUAUAUUGUCUUUGCCUUUAUGCUUAGCAUUUCGGCUGGAAUUGGUGUUUACUUUGGAUUCUUCAACAAAAGUGCGGAUACCACAGAUGAAUAUCUGAUGGGUGGCAAACGUAUGAAAACUCUACCGAUUGCGAUAUCCUUGGUGGCCAGUCAACUUUCGGCCAUCUCGAUCAUGAGCAUUCCUGGAGAGAUGUAUGCCUAUGGCAUCAAUUGGUUCCUAAAUGUGAUCAUCAUGAUAUUUGUGGUUCCCAUCCUUAACUAUGUGAUAAUUCCGGUCUUCUAUAACAACAAUAUUACGAAUUGUUACGAGUAUCUGGAGUUACGCUUCAACAGCGCUACGAGGAAACUGCAGACUUUCAUCUUUAUGGCGACCGGAUUUUUUAUGCUGCCCAUUUUCAUAUUCCUGCCAUCGCUAGCAUUUGCACAAGUUAGCGGCUAUAAUGUGCAUAUUAUCAAUACGAUUAUCUGCGGCAUCUGUAUUUUCUACACAAUGAUUGGCGGCAUCAAGGCAGUUGUGUGGACAGAUGUAGUUCAGGCAGCUGUGAUGGUUGUAUCCGUAGUCCUGGUGGGCAUCUUGGGCACAAUAAGCCUGGGCGGUCUUGGACGAGUGUUGGACAUUGCUGACAAAGGCGGUCGAUUGGAAGUGAACUACACCUUUGAUCUAACGACGCGUUCGACAUUCUGGAAUACAUUCGGAUCGGCACUCGUUACAUGGACGGGCUAUGUGGGUCUCAAUCAGAGCUGUGUGCAGCGCAUUGUUUCUCUCCCAUCGUUGACGCAUGCCAGAAGAGCCUUGGCUCUCUUUGGUUUUGGCUUUAUGCUGAUCAUGACCUUCAAUUGCUACACGGGCAUUGUGAUGUACGCUCGUUAUCAUGACUGCGAUCCUCUUACCCUUGGCACAGUCAGCAAACUGGACAAAAUGGUUCCCUACUUGGUGCAGGAUGUGAUGGGACAUCUUACUGGAAUGCCGGGUGUUUUCAUCUCUUGUGUGUUCAGUGCUGCUUUGAGCACACUCUCAGCCACCAUCAAUUCAUUGAGUGGCAUUGUUUACUUUGACUAUAUCAAGCCGCAUAUUCAUCACACCGAGCACAAGGCGAAUGUGAUUAUGAAAUUGUUUGUCUUAUUUACCGGCAUCUAUUGCAUCUUUGGUGGCAUUGUUGUGGAACAAUUUAGCUCCAUACUGCAGAUUGUUUACUCCAUUGGCGGCAUUAGCUUUGGCUCGGUGACUGGCGUCUUUUUGCUGGGCAUGCUCGUGCCUCGAGCACAUGGUCGAGCUGCUCUUUGGGGCAUCAUUGUGAGCAUUGCUGCUAUGAGUUAUCUUGUGAUUGGCAGUUGGGGUCGCAAUCAUUACGAUUUUAUGCCCACAACCACGGACAAUUGUCCUGCCAAGAAUGCCACAGCCACAGCUUCCACAUCUGCCUUGUUGAUACUUGCAAAUGCCACAGUUGCAAGCACGCCAGCAACAGUUCAUACUGAGCCGCUAUUGGAGCCAGCAUGGAAUAUACUCGACAUGUCGUUCACUUGGUAUUCAACGAUUGGUUUUGUGAUUACCUGGGUGACGGGUUUUGCUCUCAGUUAUGUUUUAUCACCUGCGCCAGAUGCCAAAUUUGAUGCGAAACUCUUAUCGCCAAUUGUAAGACCAUUUGUGGAAUAUGAGCUCACGUCGUCGGCCGACGAAAUGCACGAGCUGAAGGUAGACACCAAACAAGGCGAGAAAAUCAAGGCAUAAGAUUAGCAUAAAAUCAUAUUGUAAAAUCUAAGCUGUCGUAAACUAUAUUAGUGCUAUGGCAGCAUACGUGUUUUAAACAUUGUAAAACUAAAGUGUAAUAAAAUAUAAAUUGUAUGCCCAAAAAAAGAUUUUUAUCUUUAUUC